AGCCCACGCCUCGAAAAGCGGCUUGUUCCGGCUUGCCCCUUUACAUCUUUUUAUCCUUGCUCACAACAUUAAAAUAGUGCCGCACGCCGCUCGUCCGACAAUUUAUUAAGUAUUUUUAGUUGAGCCGUCGGAGGGUGAACAAACGCCGUCUCUCGGAGCAGAGUGUGCAGGAUGCGGAUAGCGGUGCAGCAGCUCUCCCUCUGUGCAGCCUGCUGGUGAGUCUGAGGCGCAGUUCAAGAGGCACCAUCACCGGCGGAGUGAUACCACCAUCUCCUCAGCCCCGGUUUGUCAAACCGAGAGCGUGUGGCUCACUGUACCUGAGCGAACGUGCCUGUCAUGUACUGUCGAAAAGGGGGGCAGAGGAUCAAAACUGGACCAAGGGACGUGUCUCUAACGCUCUGAAAUGCAGAGCCAUAUCACCUUCGCAUCAAGAAUCAUCUCCCUGGGCUUGCUGCUGCGGUUCUUUUACAACUGAUGAAGAUUUUUUUAUUAUUAUUAUUUUGAUGCGCUUCUGUGGAUGAAUAUGUUUAUUCUGGUGCUCUGGUGUAGUGCGUGAGUCGUCGUCGGCAGUGGCGAGCAGGAGCUGUUGUCGGGGCUCGUUGACAUGCAUUCCCCCUGAGCUCGGCAGCGCCUCCCUCGGUGGUGUGGUGGCAGGAUGCCAGUGCAGGCAGCCCAGUGGACAGAGUUCCUGUCCUGUCCCAUCUGCUACAAUGAGUUUGACAGCAGCGGCCACCAGCCCAUCAGCCUGGGCUGCUCCCACACUGUGUGUAAGACCUGCCUACACAAACUGCACCGCAAGGCCUGCCCCUUCGAUCAGACACCCAUCAGCACCGAUAUCGACCUGCUGCCGGUCAACUGUGCCCUGCUGCAGCUGGUUGGAGCUCAGGUCCCAGAAGUUCAGCCGGUGAGCCUGAGCAGUGCAGCCGAAGUUGAGAACUAUGAGGUGUGCAGGGUGUGCGUGGAAGAGCUGGCUCUCUACCUAAAACCUAUCAGCGGAGCAAAAGGUGUGGCGAAUCUAACUCCGAGUGUGCUCAGCCGGCCAAUGCAGAGGAAGCUGGUGACCUUGGUGAACUGCCAGCUGGUGGAGGAGGAGGGCCGUGUGCGGGCAGUGCGGGCAGGCCGCUCGCUGGGGGAGCGAACAGUUACCGAGCUCAUCCUGCAGCACCAAAACCCCCAGCAGCUCUCUGCUAACCUCUGGGCAGCAGUCAGGGCACGGGGAUGCCAGUUCCUGGGACCUGCUAUGCAAGAAGAUGCACUGAAGCUAGUUUUGCUGGCUCUCGAGGACGGCUCAGCUCUGUCUCGGAAGGUCUUGGUUUUGUUCGUAGUCCAGAAGCUCGAGGCUCGGUUCCCCCAGGCCUCUAAAACCAGCAUAGGCCACGUGGUGCAGCUUCUCUACAGAGCCUCCUGCUUCAAGGUAACUAAGCGUGAUGAAGACUCCUCACUGAUGCAGCUUAAAGAAGAGUUUCGAACGUACGAGGCUCUCAGGAGAGAGCAUGAUGCUCAGAUUGUCCACAUCGCCAUGGAGGCCGGCCUACGAAUUUCCCCCGAACAGUGGUCUUCUCUGCUCUACGGAGACCUGGUGCACAAGUCACAUAUGCAGUCCAUUAUUGACAAGUUGCAGUCUCCAGAGUCGUUUGCAAAGAGCGUUCAGGAGCUGACGAUCGUUCUGCAGAGGACAGGAGACCCCGCCAACCUCACAAGCCUUAGACCACACUUAGAGCUACUCGCCAACAUAGACCACAACCCAGAUGCCCCGGCACCAUCAUGGGAGGAGCUGGAAAGUGUGAUGUUGGCUGUGAAGUUGGUGGUUCAUGGUCUUGUCGAAUUCAUACAGAACUUCAGCAAGAAGAGCCACGAUGCUCCGCAGCCUCAGGCCAACAGCAAGUACAAGACCAGCAUGUGCCGAGACCUUCGUCAGCAGGGAGGAUGUCCCCGAGGAACCAACUGUACAUUUGCACACACACAGGAUGAGCUGGAGAAAUUUAGGCUCAGAAACAAGAAGAGCAGCAGCGUGGGCCGCACAUUCCCAUUAGCUCCAGGGGUUAUGGGUAAAACCUUCACCAUGGAGGGCAGCAUCCACACAGACGUGUCUGCAGGCGUGGGGCAAGGUCUCAAAGGCUCAGGGGAGAACACAGGCUCCCUGACAGAGGGGCCCGGCCUGACUCACCCCCAACUGAUCUCCAGAGGAGCUGACAUGAUGGAGGAAAUGAAGAGAGCGGUGCCAAAUGGAUCCAGUGGGGCUAAUGGUUUAUCGAACAGAAACACAUCAGGGUCAACUGAACAGAAAUCCAUCUCACCUCCCAGGACUCCAGUCAGCCACUCCUCAGCAUCGUCUCCCUUGACAACCGUUGGGCGUGGUGAUGGUGGCCCUCCUUUGCCCAAACAUGGUCAGUUCGUGCUGCGUGCACCACAUCCUUCUCAGGCAUCAGAGCUGUACUAUCAGGAGCCCCACUCUGCAUACGACAGUCCUCAUUAUCAACCAACCUCAGGUUCCUACUAUCAGUCUACUCUUCAUCCUUCUCACAAACCCUGCAUGGCUCGUUUCCUUCGAUCCUCCAACGUCCCAGAAUCCUCUCUGCCGCCCUCGAUUGGCCCUCCGCCAUCCUCCUACCCGAGCGACCCUCAAGCGCCACACCCACCUUCCUCCUCUUCUUCAGGGUACCCGCCGCACCCGCCUAGAGAUCGGAUGGGCCCUCCUGCCUUCCACCACCACCCGGGGCAGCCUCAGUACGGGCCUCUGGCUCCGGCUCAUGGUGUUUAUGCUCCGCUCUAUGACAGCAGGAGAGUAUGGAGGCCUCAGCUGUACCACAGAGAAGAUGCCAGGAGUAACUCGCUCCCUCCAGAGGUGCUGCAUUCCUCCGUCUACCAGCCUCCACUCAGGGAGAGAUUCAACUCUCUAGACAGCAACUACUGCUCUGGAGCUGAACACCGUGCAGGGCUACACAGGGAUUAUGGCCGCGUUCCUCUCGGCUACGAGGAUCUGUUUAGAAGGAAGCAGGAACAGUGGGCUCAUCAUCACCACCAUCACAACGCAAGCAGGCCCUCCCAGUCCUCCCCCAUCUUCACCAUCGAUUUUGGAACAGAGCAUGUGGAGAGCAGUGGAGGCCAGUGUGUGGGGUGCCGGUUCAGAGGCGAGGAAAGUUUAGCACACUACUCCCCGUGGUCUUGUGGUACCAUUGGCCCUUGCCUCAGCCCCUUUGAGCCUGAAGCGCUCACACACACCUCAGCUCACUCCUGCUCAGAGCACUCGGAGCUGGACAGUAACGGAGGUGGAGGUGGCAGCAGCAGCGUUAGUGGUAGUGGUAGUGGUGUCGGGAAGCAAUGGCUGCAUUCAUUGGAUCACUACCGUCGCUUGAAAGAUGAGGACCCAAUCAUUCCCUUUAGUGAGGGGCCCAUUAUCUCUAAGUGGGGUGCCAUAUCCAGGGCAUCUCGCACAGGCUACCAUACCACCGACCCUAUCCAAGCCACAGCCUGCCAGGGCACCGCCAACACCACACCUAUCAACUUUAAAGAUUACAACCACCACCUGGAUCACAGUGACUACAGGUGGAGCUCCAGAGGAUCAGACUCUUCCAGCCACUCUAGUUUCCUAGAGAGCGAGCAGCUUUGUGCAUCAGACCUUCGCUGCCGUCGAACUUCAAUAAGCAGCGGAGAGAAAAUCGUGUCUGAUCUGCAAGCCCGUCACACGGCCUACAGCAGAGCGGAGAGCGAACCGGACCCAGAUCGAGAUAUUGAGCUUGAACUGUGCGCUCUUGACAUGGAGGAUUCAGACCACCAGGAGAUCAAGUCUCAGGAGUCUUUAGAGCUGGCCACCCCACAGUCUCAGGAUGCUUCCCACCUCCUCCCACCACCCUGCUCCUCUCCCCUCCUCUCUUCUCCUGUGGAGGAGCACUCCCAAACAGAUCCCUCAACAGAAAAGAUGGAUGCUCACCUGCUGAAAAAGAUGGCCUUCAGGAAAGCUCUGUCUCCUGGAGGGUUGGUCUCAGGUGGUCUGGGCGUAGGCAAGCUUGUGCUGCGGACUGGACCUCCUCGACUGGGGGACACUUCCACGCGGGCUUGUCCUGAAGCGCCCGGCACAGAGAUGUUGCUCAAUGGAAGCUAAGGGGACACAAAGUCAGACACUGACCUGCGCCGAGCUAGAGCUGAGUCGCUUGCCCACAACCAGAUCCUGGUUAAAGGGAAUACCAUUUAAUUCCAGCCUUCAUAUAUGUCAAUCAUAUGCCUCAAUAAAACUUGACAGAUAUGGGUCAGCAAUCUCUGCUGUGUCACGUUAUAAGGGACAAGAGAAAACACAUUGUCCUGCCUCCUAAGUUGUGAUCUUCACCAUUGUACAGAUCCACAGAGAAUUUAGUGAUAUCACUGUUUUUGCCCAGUAAGGCACAUGACCACUUUGCCCUUACAGUAGAUAUUGAACUUUGCAGUUUCAACCCCAAGUACACCACAUGAUCUAAUCCUGAGGUUUACACAUCAUCUACUUUGUUGUCAUUCUACAUGGCUGACAAAGAAAUUGAUUAAUAUCUGUUUAAAAGACCUUUUUUUUUUAACUUCACAUGGUCUGUUGGACAGCAAAAGCUUAUAGAGUAGGUGCCAAGUUGAGUAAAGUUUUGCUGUACCGUCCAGUGGAAAUGCAGCAUUACCUCUCCAAAGGUAUAGAAAACAGUGAUUAAUUGUAACUUUUUGCCAUCCUAUUAACUAUUGCUUUUCAUGUAGGCAUUAACGUACAUAGUCUUGGCCUCACCCAGCUCAAUGCUCCUGAUUUUAUGUAUAGCCUGUGUUGUAUUGCUGCAUAAUACAUUUGGUUUUACAAGUUUUCCCUCAGAAAAAGAGAUAGAUGUUAUAAUACUGAGAGGAAAAAUGGGCAGGCCGCUCCCACCCUCAGACUAAAUAGGAAACUGCAGAAAACAAAGGUCUCCACUAUGCUGAUACUCAAAAAAGCUCUAUUUUUAUGUGUCAUAUGUUGACCUCUAAAUUCAUUUGACUAUCAUGAGAUUGCAGAACACGAUUACACAGUCAUAAACUGAAUUUUUAAUGAUCAUUAAUCACUGGAGGAAAGAUGAUCACUGGAGGCCAAGGGGGAUGACAACAAAACAAAGAUGUGUGUACAUUUUUCUGUCCAUACCAUACUACUAUUAUUGGUGACUCAUUACUAAAGAAUACCAAUUACCAAUUUUAGAACAGAAAUUGUAUUUUCAGCUGCAGAUGGAGCUAAUUUAGAAGAUUUCUAUACAAGCUAUUUAAACUCACAAUCAAUCUAAAAAACUGUUGUUCCAUCUUUGUGUGCCUGUAGUGGUUCUGGCAUUUAAUCCUGCUGUACAUAAGGACACACACACACACACACACACACACAAAGCUACAUGUGUGCUGUCAUUCACACACAGUAGUCUCAAACAUGCAAUACAGUGGCCUUUCUCUCCCUGGUGUUACACAGACUCAAACAUUGGGCUCAACAAGGUUUUUUCCCGCCGACAGACUCCCGUCCUGUUUCAGAGCUGUUAUCUUUUAUGUAAACAUGAUUUAAGAAGCUGGAAAUCACAUUUUUGUAGGCUCAUGGCAUUUUUCGUGCUUUUCAGUCCGGCCAGCUUUAUGUAAACAAUAUUCAGAGCAUGAUGUUUUAAGCUGAAGUGAGGGACGCCACUUCUCCUUUUUCUGUUUCUGUUUCCUUGUGUCACUUUUUAACAAGUUUUUGUUUCUUUUAUUUCGUGCAUUGCUGACUUCUGUGAAGUUGUUUGUCGGGGUAUUUUGUAUCAGGAUCUUUGUUACUCUUGUUUUGUUGCUAUAUUUUACAUCACAGAGACAAAAUUGAUAGUCUUGUCUAAUGUUUCUCUGAGUUUGCCGGCCGUCGGAUGUCAUCAGUACGCUGUCUAGUUCACUGUAAUUUUGUGCAGUAUGGGUAAUUUCCAUACACAAUAGCCUUGCCUCACUCCCCUUUUAUAGACAUGAGGCAACUUGUCAUGUGUGGCUUAAUGACUUAAGUAAAUAGCGUGAAAACAUAAACCCAUUUUAGAUAUACAGGAUUUAAAGUCAUGAGUUUGUUUACACCCUAUUCUAAAUCUUAUUAGAUUUGUGUAGAAUGAGAAGAAGGGGGUGACUAAUAUCUUUCCUCUCACCUAAGCUAAUGUACCUUUUCAAAAAUGUUCCUCUCAGAUUACACAUUAAAUCCCAUUUUAGAGGAUGGUAGAAUGGCUGCACUUGUGAGGAUUGCUUUUUGAGUUUAAACAUUAUUAACUGGAAUGAACAACGGAAUAGUGGACUGUUAACCUUUUGGGACUUUCUCUCUUAUCUUCCACCAACGCAGCGGGUAGACAAAGUGAAAAAAUUGGACUGAACGAUUCAGUGUAAUACUCUUUUGUAAACUCUCCAAUGUUUUGUAGGGUUCAUUUCUGAGCUGGCGCAGGGAUUUUCGCUGCUCUGAGUCAUUAAAAUUAGCUCAGCUACCUACUGUCGCUCUGCAUCUGUUUACAACUUCACCUUUGAAGUCAUGUAAGUGCCAUGUUGUGUACAGUACAGUACAAUCAAUCCCUUCAAUCUUCCUACUAGCUUUUCAUAUUCCUCAUGAACUACGUGAGGAGGGAAAGGCUCAGACAGAGAUUCUUCUCGUGUAGUUCUGCUUUGUUCCAUUAGAGGAGGCUAGAUCCUUGUCUGUCUGAAUCGCUCAGGGAAGACUUAAGUUGCUCAGCUACUUUGGCUUUUUCUACAUUCAUCACUUAAAUAUUCUGUGGAAGUAUUUACCUGAAUUUCACUUGCCGAUAACUGACCCUUUCACCCAAAGCAUACAUGGGUUAGAGAUUAUAUUGUUUGCCAGUGUUUACUUUGCCAGUGUUUUCUUUUACCUCUUAGUAUCAAUAUUGGCUUUGCUAUUCCUGUUCUCAUGGGAAAGGGCUGGGCACUACUGUAUGUAACAACAGUAUUGUGAGUAUUGAACUAACGUCAAAGUGAUACUCCCUGUUUCCUUUAAAGUGUCUAUAGAGCACUGCUGUAGUGGCUAAUUGCACUGCACUAAUUCCCACCCCAUCACUGCCAGCGGGUGCAGCUUCGCCCCACCGCCCCAUCCUCCCUGCAUCCUGCGUCAUGCAUGCGACAUAGUCCCUCUUGUGAUGGCGGAGGAGUAUUGAUGAUUCUGUAGUUGUGAUACAACACACCCAGCGCUGUAAGAGUUCUGCACAUGCCCACUGUGUGGCCACGUCAAGUGCUGAAGUUUGCUUGCAGCAUUUUACUUGUUUGCUCAUGAAUUUAAUUCUUGUUUGAUAGAGAUUAUAUUAUUAUUAUUAUUAUGACUAUUAUUGUUAUUACCACAUUUGGUUGUUGUUGUGGUAUUUUUCCUUCUCGGUAUAAGUCAGCUUCUUUGUUUUGAAUUUGAGAAUUUGCUGAAAUUUUUUAUUAGACAAGAAAGUGUCUCAUUAUUCUAUAUUAUAUGGGGAAAAAAAGCCUGUUUGUUGAUUGUGAAACAUAUGAUGAACUGAUGUUUUCUGACUAUUCAUGUCUGUAUUAGACAUUUUAUUUGCAAAUCUAUUGUUCGAUUGAAAUGUAAAUGAACUAUUAAGAGAUGGUACACAUCCGUCAUUGUAUACAGUCUGGCACCAUCAUUAGAUGGACUUAUAGUAUAGACGCUCAUUUAUACAACCUGUGAUAAUCAGAUAUAUUUAAAUGUUUAAAUCAUUGGGGCAGUUGUGUAAUGUUUCGGAAUGAGGAAAAUAAACUCCUGAAGAGACAGCAUAUUUAAAAUGUCCCCUUAAUGAAUAAUACUGUUACGUAUUCCAUUUAUUUCCUUGGAAAUAUCACAUUGUGAAAGGUUUCCCUUUUACUGACUGUACGGUAAUGCAGGACUGGAGUAAGUCAAACCUAUGAUGAAACUGAUUUAUGUGCUAUUACUGAUUGAUGGAAAUUGUUUGAAUAUCGUUUGACUGACUGAUUGAUUCUUCUGUGCAUUUUCUGGCUUGUUCAUCUGUACUACACUGACUUACAGACAGCUUGGCUGAGCAGCAUUCUGCUUCUGUGUUGCACUGAGAGAUGGAUUUAUGAAAAGGCACAUGAAUUUGCAUGCCACAAUAAAACCAACAACAAAUGA